AUGUCCUUCUUUGGGUUCGACGCGAGCCUGCCAGGGAAGGGGGCGCCCGACGAGGAGUCGGCGCUCAAUGACAAGAUCGAGCGUGCGCUCGCAGCGAGUGCACAGGAAGACGUGGAGGUGUACACAUGGGGUCAGGACACGUACGACGGACUGGGCGACCAGCUGCAGGAGACGAACGACGACCUGAACGAAGACACCUUUGGCACGUUCGCACAGGACGUCGGCAAGGACUUUGACUUUGGCCACGGGCAGCCGCAGGCUGCACAGGGCAAGAGCGACCGCAAUGCGUCCGCGUUCGCCGCAUCGUUCGACGACUUUUGGAGCACCCCGGCGCUGAGCGUCGACGUGCCCAAGCCGGAGCCCGAGCGCGCGCCGGCGCCGCGCCCGGCGACUCUCGACGAGGUCGAGGCGGAGCUGCGCACACAGCGCGCUCCCCCGCCCGCGCCGCCGGCCGGACGGCCGCUGACGCUCGAAGAGGUCGAGGCCGAGCUCCGCUCGCAACGCCCGGCGCCGGUGCCGAGCGCGCCGGUGCAGCCUGCGCCGGUACCAAGCAUGCCGGUGGCUGCUACUGCUGCUGCUGCUGCUGCGGCUGCUACUACGCCGCCGGUGCCGCCGCCCGCGGCCAGUGCGCCGCCGGCAGGCAUGCCGCUCGUCCGCCCUACGGCGCCUCCGGCUGCGGCGCCCGCUGCGCCUGUGCCGCCUCCGAACCCCCAGGCGGCGCACCUUGCGCGCAUGCGUGCGAUGCUCGAGGCGUGCCCCCAGGCGGUGCAGCAGGCGAUCCUGUCGCUCCCUCCUCCGAUCCAGUUUGAUUCGCUGGAAGAGGUCGGUGCGCGGUUCCCUGCGCUGCUUGUCCCGGGCAACGCGUCGACGAGCGAGGAGCAGGCCGCGAUCCAGCUCCUCCUUUCCACUGCUCCGUCGCGUAUGCAGCAGUGGCAGGCCGCCGAGGAGAAGCGUCGUGCCAAGGCCGCCAAGCUCGCGCAGAUCACGCGCUACAACGGCAUCAUGUCGGGCUCGGACAAGGACUUUAUUACGCGGAUCCAGAUCAGCCACCUGGUGACGCCCGAUCCGUACACGGACGACUUUUACGCGCACGUCUUUUUUGCCGUGCGUGGCGGCGGCCGCCGCAUUCCCCUGCCCGACGCGUCGACCGUGGAGGCGAUCGAGCAACACAAGAGCGAGGACAAGAAAGGCCCCCGCCGCAAGCUUACGCGGCACGAAAAUGCGAUGCUGCGCAUGCAGCAGCAGGUCGAGCGCCUCGUCGAUAGCCGCAAGAAGCGCGAGGCCAAAGGGAGCGCCACCGGCCUCGAAGGCACGCUCGGCCGUGUCUCGCUGUCGUCUGCGAACAAGCCCCGCCAGAUUUUGCAGGUGAUCCACGCAAAAGGCUCGCACGAGGCGCAGUCGGACGCCAAGCCCGGCGCGGCGGAGGACGCGAUGCGUGCGGCGCUCCAAGGCGCUUCGCUCGACGACGCGUCGCUGCGCACGCACGGCACGCAAAAGCGCGAAUCGCUCUCGCGCCGCGAGUCGCUCGUGAUCCUCGAGCAGCUCUAUGCAAUUGUGCUGCGCCUCGAGCAGCUGCGCCGCGAGCCUGCGCUCGAUGCUGACCUCGACGCGAUGCGCGAGCAAAAGCAGCUCACCGACAAGCUCUGGGACGAGCUGCGCGUGCUCGAGCCGCUUGACGUGUCGGAUCCUCAUCCGUUCGUCUCGCUGCUAAACCACGUAAAAGGCAAGCGUCUGCUGCCCCGCGCGCUGCGCCUGCUCGAUCCCGAGCAGGGCCUGGCGACGCUGACGAUGCUCAUUGCGUCUUUCUCGUCGCUGGACGCGGUGCGGAACUAUGCGCCGUGGGAGCAGUACCAGGCGCUGGAAGCGCUGCCCCACGCCCGCGCCCCGCUCACCGCCACACACGCGGCCGAGAUUGGGCGCAGCAUCGACGCGUUUGGCAACUCGGUGCUUUUCAACAUGAUCUCGCUCAUCAACCAGGCGCCGCUGCGCAUUGUGAGCGGCAUGCUCGCGCUGCUGAUGGAACGCAACGAUAUCGUGUUCUGCGCCAAGACGCGCCCGGGUGUCUCGGUGCUUACUGUGCUCCUCUCGCGCGCCGAGACGCUGCGCCAGGCGGCCUCGGCCGCGGUGCCGAUCGGCGAGGCGACGCCGAGCGCCGACGAGGUCGAGCAGUGGAGCAACGUCUUUGGCGUGCUCCUUGACCGCCUCGCGGCGCACGGGCAGCUUGCGCAGCUCUUCCCUUCGACGCGCGUCCAGGCGGCGCUGCCGUUCGGCGUGGAUGUAUACCUGGCCCAUGCCUCGCGCAAGGAGGGCUCGCGCUUCAGCAUCGACGCGGAAGACGAGCCGGUCUGGAACCUCAUGGCGCUCUUUGCCAUCCACUCGGACCUCAACCAGCAGCAGGUGCUGGUGCAGGAGCUGCGCGAAAAGAUCCUCGCGAAUAUCAUUGCCGCAAACGAGGCCAAGAGCAAGGGGGCGAAGCAGGAGGAGGACGUGCGCAUCCGCAACGUCAACCUCUUGCUGCAUGCUCUGAACCUCGACGCUGCUCAGAUUACGUUAUAA